AAAAACAUGUACGGUGGCGAGUUCGACGGCGCUGCCGCCUUCUCCGGCGGAGGUUUCAUGCCUUCUCAGGCCACUCAGACUACAGAUCCAUUCCCCUCCGCCUUAAGCAAGCAUCGUGAUAAGCAGACGCUGAUUCCAUUAACCGUGAAGCAAAUCAACAAAGCGUUUUUGUCAAAUGUCGAUAAAGUGAAUUUUCUCAUUGACGGUGUUGAUGUCAAUAACGUUAAGUUGGUUGGGAUGGUGCUGAAUAAAGCUGAGAGGGUUACUGAUGUUUCUUUUGUGCUUGAUGAUGGUACGGGUCGUAUUGACUGUAACAGAUGGGUUCAUGAGGCUGUUGACACGAAGGAGAUGGAAGCGAUAUUGGAAGGAAUGUAUGUUCAAGUUCAUGGACAACUAAAAGGCUUUCAAGGGAAGAAGCAGUUAGUGAUUUUUGGAAACAUCCCUAAUUUUUCUUGGGAUUUAGCCAAUUUCCAUACAAUUGAAAGGAGAUUAAAAGAAAAAGAGUUCUUUACCAAACUAUUUGUGCACAUACAUCUAACUAAGUUUGAACCUGCACAUGCUCUCAAUUUUCUAAUGUAUCAGGGUGAAAUAAUAGCCCGAGAAGAACUUGAACUACAAAGAGCAAAUGCCUUUGAAGGAUUAGAGGGCCCUAAUAUGUUAGAGUCACUUAUAGUCGCAAAAGUUAACGAACUUACUCUCAAGAGGCUAGCAAAGUUUGUAUUUGGGUUGCAAUAA